AUGAGCCUCCUCCACACCAUAACAACGUCGCCGAACCCCUCUGCAAUAUGCGCACUGUCUCCCUCGUCGGAAAACUGCUUCAUUGCGUAUCCCCUCCCCAAACCCAGGGAAGAUUCGGACAGUCGCCGCCCAGCUCAUGCACCACCACAAUCUACAUACGUCUCGCCAACAUCGGGCGAAGUGCUCGUAUUUGACACAUUAACACUCAAAGCGGUAAAUGUUAUCGAAGCCCAUCGAUCACCCUUGUCUUGCAUAUGCUUGAACAGCGACGGCACACUCUUGGCCACGGCGAGUGAGACCGGGACAAUCAUUCGGGUUUUCUCCAUCCCAAGAGGCCAGAAACUGUAUCAAUUUCGACGCGGAACCUAUCCUUCAACCAUUUACAGCAUGUCUUUCAAUCUCAGCUCAACCCUUCUAUGCGUGUCUUCUACUUCCGAUACUGUCCACAUCUUUCGGUUGGGAACACCACCUGGACAUACGACUCCUGGAGGCGUGCCAAUCGAAACGCCCAGUCCUCCAAGACAGGAUCGUUGGUCGCGAGCUAGGAGCUACGAUGAUGGCGACUCGCCAGGGAAUAGCGCCACAGAUUCCCCCAGAAGCGAUGCAGCAGAAUCGGGACCGGGGAACGCAUUUCCCAGUGGAGGUCAACAGGGCCAUCGAAGGCAGAGCGGGUCAUUUAGUAACAUGUUGCGUCGAUCAUCACAAAUCAUGGGUCGUGGUGUUGCUGGCGUUGUUGGAUCUUAUCUGCCCCAGACUGUCACCGAAAUGUGGGAGCCGCUACGAGACUUUGCGUUCAUCAAAAUACCGAAAUCCGGAGUCUCGGGACUGACUCCGCGCGCAACAGGCAGCUCCAUUGUUGGACCAUUGCGAAGUGUCGUAGCGAUGAGUAGUAGUAGCCCCCAAGUUAUGGUUGUAACCAGCGAUGGCGGCUUCUACGUUUACAAUAUCGACAUGGAAAACGGCGGAGAAGGAUACCUGGUGAAGCAAUUUUCGUAA